AUGCCUCACAACACCGGCCCAGAGAAUAUGCCCAUGCUCGACGUGCCCAAUAACCAUAUCCAGAUUGGUGGCAGAAAGUCCAAGUUGGCGGUAAUCCAGCUGGAGAUCGUCAAGGCCGAGAUCGAACGUCACCACCACCACUUGAACUGCCUGGUUUUGGCGCUUCUGACGUUGGGCGACAAGAUCCAAAACAAGCCGCUUUACUCUUUUGGCGGAAAGCUGUUGUGGACGAAGGAGCUCGAAAUCUUGCUUUUGGAGCCCGUCGACGAAUACCCCAAAUUGGACUUGAUUGUCCACUCCUUGAAGGACAUGCCCACCAACUUGCCCGACGAGUUUGAGUUGGGUUGCAUCUUGGAGAGAGAAGACCCCCGUGAUGCCCUUGUCAUGAAGAAGGGCUCUCCUUACAAGAGCCUCAGCGACUUGCCCAAGGGCGCCGUUGUUGGAACCUCUUCUGUCCGCCGUUCCGCCCAGCUCUUGAAAAACUACCCCCACUUGCGCUUCCAGGACGUCAGAGGCAACAUCUACACCCGUUUGUCCAAACUCGACGACCCAGAGAGCCCCUAUGAAUGUCUCCUUUUGGCAGCCGCCGGCUUGAUCCGUCUCGGCUUGGAACACCGCAUAGACGUGGCCUUGGAUGCUCCCGAAAUGUACCACGCUGUGGGCCAGGGCGCUUUGGGCGUGGAAAUCAGAAGAGACGACUUGGUUGUCCAGCAAGUUUUGAGCAAAUUGGAGCACAAGCCUUCCGCCCUCCGCUGUACCGCCGAGAGAUCGCUAAUGCGUAUCUUGGAAGGUGGCUGUUCUGUUCCUUUGGGCGUCAGCACGAAAUACGACGAGGAAACCCAGCAGCUCGACUUCAAAAGCAUCAUUGUCAGCCCCAACGGCGAGGAGUACGUGGAAGGCGAGGUCAAGGGCUUCGUUUCCAACAAAGCCGAAGCCGAGGAGAUUGGCGAGCAGCUCGCCCAGAUCUUGAUCGCCAAGGGCGGCAGAGACAUCUUGAAAAGCAUCAACUACGAAAAAAUCAACCAGCGGCCGCUGAACGGGUCCCCUGGCACCGCUCCAGCCACCAAUGCUAUUUAA